ACUUGUGAGUGUUCGAACGUUUCGUUAGAAGACAAACUGCGUUUAAAUUAAAAUAAAUCUCUAUUUUAAAAAAAAAUCAAAAGUUGCUGUUGUGUAUUCUAAAUUUAUAUUUCGCCACUUUUUUCAUCAGUAAAUAAAUAUUCAUAUUUACUAAAAAAAAAUUAAAUUUUGCAAAAAAAAUAUUUUAAAUAUUUAAAAAAAAAAUCUCAGACAAAAUGACAAAAUACUUUACUGCAAUCACUAUCAUUGGUAUCACCAUUUUGAUCAAUCAAGCAAGUGCCCUCAAGUGUUGGCGUUGCACAUCAGAUGCCACUGGAGCUGCCUUUUGCAACGAUCCCUUCGAAACGGAUCUCAUAAGUGAGCAACAAAGACGCUGGAGCUACGUCGACUGCAGUUUCCCGCCACAAGCCCAACUCCCGUACGGAUCGUCGUCCAACAUGCGUCCCGUUUGCAAGAAAAUGAAGCAAGUUGUGCAAGACAAACUCGUUGUGUCACGUGCCUGCUCAUGGGAAGACGUAAAUGCACCAACGGAUGCCUGUCUGCGACAAAAUACACCAUCCUACAUCAAGACGGAGUUCUGCGAAACAUGCACCGAAGAUGGAUGCAAUGGCGCUAGUCAAUACGGACCAACUUUAUUAUUAUUAAUCAUUCCAGCAAUUAUCGCCAAGUUACUGACGUUGUAAGAAAAAGGAAUUAAAUUCAGUAAAGUCGUUGUCGUCGUUGUCGCGCGUUGCAAAAAAAAAACAAAUUUAAUUGUCUUACAUGUAAAAUUUUUAUUAAGUGUCUUAAAGAAAAAAAAAACAAAUCAAACGAGUAGAUUUUAAAUGUUGUUAACGAACAAAGAGGGGGGCAAAAAAAAUAUUUAUUAAUUUUAAAAAUUACGUCAAAAUUCGGGCUUAAAUCACAUUUCAAUCAAGCAAAUUGAUGACUAAUACUUAUAUCUAACCGCACCUACUUCAAGGUUCUCAUGCAAAUCAAGAGCACAUCUUAUAAAAAAAAACACACAAAAAAGUUAUCGUAGAGUAGAGACACAAAUUUACGUGCAAGCUCCUUCUUUGUUUAGAAUUUCUGUCUUUUGUAAGAAAAAAAAAACAAAAAGUUGUUUAAAAUUAGGCGCAAUAAUAAAGUCAUAUCAAAUUAAUUAAAUCGUACAAAAGAGUAAAAUGUCUUUUUUUGUCGUUGAAUUUUUUUUUAUCCGAAUCUCUCUAAAGGUUUUUAUUUAGUUUAUUAUUACUGUAAUUUUUAUUACGAAUAAGCACUUGUGCCUUAAAAGUAUACAAUUAUAUUUGUUGUAAAUAUAUUUUGAAACACUAACGA